AAAUAUGGCGGAUUACUUGAACCGCACAUGUUGAAGCGGCCAAUCAGAGCACGAGUUGCACUCUUACUACUAUCCAAUCAAAACGCGACUGUCGCUUCUUGAAAACAUGUCGCCCAUGAAGCUGUGUGUUCCAGGUGAAAGGCUCUGCAGCACGGAGGACUGUAUCCCCGGUACUGGCACGUAUCUGCGGCACGGCUACAUUUUCGCUUCACUCGCGGGAUACGUGCUGAGAAAGAACGAGGGAGAGGAGCUCCCGGUGAUUUCAGUCGUUAGGGAGACAGAAGCACAACUUUUGCCUGAUGUCGGUGCCAUCGUCACCUGUAAGGUGACGAGUAUCAACCCACGGUUUGCUAAAGUCCACAUCUUAUAUGUGGGGUCAACACCACUAAAAGACCGGUUCAGAGGCACCAUCAGAAAAGAAGACGUGAGAGCAACAGAGAAAGACAAGGUGGAGACGUACAAAAGCUUCAGGCCAGGCGACAUUGUCCUUGCAAAAGUGAUCUCUUUAGGGGACGUGCAGUCCAACUACCUGCUGACCACGGCGGAGAAUGAGCUGGGCGUGGUCGUGGCCCACAGUGAGGCGGGGGCUCAGAUGGUGCCCAUCAGCUGGUGUGAGAUGCAGUGUCCUCGGACGCACGCCAAAGAGUUCCGCAAGGUCGCGCGGGUACAGCCGGAGUACCUGCAGGCCUGAGCCACGCCCACCGCGUCCUUUGACCACACCCACUGGAACACACAGCUUCAAAGACACGCCCUCCUCAUGCGGAACUCUCAGUAUAUGUUUGGAAUUCUAGGUGUUUAAAUCUCCCGUCACAUUCCACACUGCCCGUGAAUGCGAAGUACCUGGUAAACCGUCGACAGCCGUGGCUCGUACAGUCAUGAAGAGCACAUAAUCUGAUUGUAGUCGCAUUACUAAGCAGUAUUCUUGCAUUCAUGACGCUCCGGGUGUUCUGACACACCUGUGUUUGUAAUUUCACACAUUCAGAUGUCUUUUGGAAGCUCUGAGCGGGAAGGUCAUAUAUAGAUGAAGUUCCAUUUUAAAUGACGCUGAAUAAUGUUGAGAGCUUCUAAACUAUGGGGGCGAAUCUUAAUUAAAACAGAAUGUUACUGGGUCACAUUUCAUUGCAAAAUCAAAAGAAAAUAAGAAGUUAUAUUUUGUUUAAACCAACAGAGGCCUGUUUUUAGGGCAGUUGAUAUUUUGUGUUGUAUUUUCUUUACAAUAAAGCACGUUUAGCUUCAAUUUCUCAUUACUGUAAUGCAUGUGAAAGUUUUUACUUUUUUUACUUUUUUCCAAAAAUAGAUUCUAGAUUUUACAGCAAUGAAAGUACUUUUUACAUCAGCAUUGAUUAAAGAUACAAAUAUUACAAGAUGUAAACAUAUAUGUAUAUAUAGUAAGAGAGAGUGACAUGAGAAUGAAAUUUUAUGGUAAUGAGAAUUGGGUUGCAAAAUGUGCAUCAAGAAAAUGUCACAAUGCAAAUAUUUUAAUGCAUAUAAAACAGGCAAAAUAUAUUUUCCUUUUUAAUUGUAGGUGAAAUAUGACUAAGUUUUUGUGAGAUUCACUCCUAUGGCUUUAUAUCUAUAUUAAAGAAUUAGUUGUCUUUAAAAUGAAAAUUAGCUCAGGUUUUACUCACCCUCAAUCCAUCCUAGGUGUACAUGACUUUCUUCUUUCUGAUGCACACAAUCUGAGAUAUAUUAAUAAAUAUCCUGACGCAUCCAAGCUUUAUAAAGGCAGUAAACGUCGUGUCAGUUACGCUUUUUUCGUAAUUUGAACAAGCGUUUUGAAAUGCGAGUUUUGCGUUUUUUCUGUAAAAUGAAGGCGGUCUGGCGAAAGCUAGAUAUUUUACUUUAUAACUUGUUAAAUAUGGAUAUUUUUCUUACACAAAUGCAUUACUUCGCUUCUGAAGGCCUUUAUUAACCCCCAGAGCCGUGUGGAGUACGUUUAUGAUGGAUGGAGGCACUUUUUUUUUUUUUGGUCCCAUUCACUGCCAUUAUAAAGUAGGGGUUGAACGACUUCAGAUUUCUUAAAAACAACAUUUAUUCAAAUCGAGUUUAUGUCGAACAAAUGAGCUGUUCACACAGAACGUGCUUUUCCAUUCCAACGCACUACUUAUCCAUUGUUUUUCUAUGUAAACAAGCACUAGACAGACAUGUAUGACCAUUGUGCUUGUGUCUUGAGUCUUUUGCAGCGUCUCGCGCAUGACACGGCAUGCUUAAAACGCGGCACUUAAGUUCAAAUCAAUUCAACUUUUAAAAAACACAUCUCAAGACUAUGUAUUUUUCUUUUCUUUUGAAAGCAAAAAUGCAUUCUGUGUGAACGAGCCCCAAGUCUGAACCACGAGCUGAGACUCAAACUCGGGUUGCCUCGUGCUCAGCUAUGGCAUAUGAUAUGAAGCUGCCCACAAAUAUUGCUCCUACAUAACAGCUUAUUUUUAUUCUUUUGUAUUCGGGUCGUUAUAUUUCUCACAGAUUUCUGCUCGUUCUAGAUCAGAUGUAGCACAGUAAAGAUUACAUUCAUAUGAAUGCAUUAGUGAGGUGGUUCCCAACCACAUUCACCUGGAGGCCCACCAACACUGCACCACAAACACACCUGAUUCAGAUCAUCAGCUCAUUAGUAGCAACUCAGAAAUCUAAAAUGGGUGUGUCAGACAAAGGAGACAUGCAAAAUAUGUAGUGUUGAUGGGCCUCCAGGAAUGUGGUUGGGAACCACUGCGAUUGCAUGUGAAUAAAUGUACCUGGCAGCUUCUCUCUACAAAUAGUGAAGCGCUGGGUUUUAGUUACUAAGAAAUAUAUGCUAUUACUUUUCAGUUUCUAAGCUAUUUUAUUGAUGAAUCACAGAACAGUGUUGACAGUACAUUUCUGCGCUACUGAACGAUUCUGUGAGUGUUUACUACUGUCGUAAAUGAAGAUUUUUAUCCUGCUGCGCCCUCUUUCAUGACCAGCGACAAGUCUACGUCUUGCUUAAAGCGUCAUGGCAGAGCAUUAAAGUCGAUUAGUCGGUGCAACCCCUAUUCUAAAGCUUGGAUGCAUCAGGAUAUUAAUAUAUCUCCGAUUGUGUUCAUCAGAAAGAAGAAAGUCAUAUUCAUCUAGGAUGGCUUGAGGGUGAGUAAAGCUUGGGCUAAUUUUCAUUUUAAAACGAACUAAUCGUUUAAACAAAAUUGCCUAGGAUUAAAGAUUAGUGUUGAGUUCGUCAUCGACCAAAUCGGUCUCAUUCUGAUGUGAAUGUUAACAGAAACCAAUAACACAAACUAUGAAAGAUGUUCUGUUUGAUCCAGGCCAUUAAAAGUUGGAUAAAUGAAACUCCAAAACCAACAGCUCUUUUCCAAAGUAGAGAACUGGAACUACUGUUGUCACAAUCACAUUUUUACACUCUUUCACAACAGGAUUUGAAGUUUAUAGAGCAAUAACAUUCGGCGGCACUGUUUUCUAACUCUUAAAAGCGCAUGAACCACACAAAUAGUCACCCAGAGAUGAAUUUACUUUUACCUCUUGCUGCUUUUAUUCAGAAUAUCUGGAAAUGUCUUGUCUGAUACCUUUUCCUUAUUCUGUCCUUUUGUCUGUAACUGUUUUGAGAGGUCAUGUGUUUACAAGAGAAAAAAAAUAAAGUGUUUAACAACACAA